AACUUAACGCAUUUUCGAAGUGCGCGCACCUUUAUCGCCUUAUCUGGCGAUCCUUCGAGUUCGGAUUAUCACUACUAACACGUGCUCCUUUCUAUCUUCCUGCCACUCGGCUACUUAUAAAUACGCUCUACACCUUUGAAUAAACGUUCAUUUUGUUCUACUGACUACGCUGAUGCUUGACUGGUCUGGCGUUGUUGCGAGCACGCCAUGGCUAUGCUACAGUGGCGACGAGGAUGGACAUCGCCCAUGCAGUGAAUGUCGACGCUGAAGCGGAACCCACGCAGAACCGAGAAACCAAGGUCAUCAUGGCUCACCAACUUCCCGACUUCGAAGAAGGCAAAGAUAAGUGGAAGCCGUACCUUAUAAAAGUAGAAGCAUACUUUGAAGCGAAUGCGAUUGAAGACUCGACUAAGAAGAGAGCAUUGCUUGUUGCUGCGUUAAAUACGCAUACGAUCCAAGUGCUGGCAGGGAAGGUGGCUCCACGCAAGCCAAAUGCAUUGACGUAUGAAGAAGUCGUCGAAGUUUUGAGUGAGCACUACAGUCCCAAGAGACACGAAAUCACCGAAAGCUACAAGUUUUUCAGUCGUUGUCAAGCGGAGGGCGAGCCUGUUAAUGAAUUCCUGGUAGACAUUCGCCGAAUAGCUGACAAUUGCAAUUUUGGCAGUGCUUUGGAUCGCAUGCUUCGAGAUCGCAUUGUUUGUGGAAUACGGUCAGGUGCCCUGCAGAAGCAGCUACUGGCACAGCGGGAAUUAACGCUACAAGACGCUGAAGCGAUGGCCCUUGCAGCUGAGGCUGCGGAUAGUCAUGUAAAAGAGAUGAUCGGACCGGCAACGACACCCGUGCUAAAAGUACAGGCGUAUCAGAGAGAAACUCUAGUGGAUGAGAGGAGGGCUGCCGCACGUCAAGAAUGCGCAAGGUGCGGUAGUACAAAACAUAAUGACGCGUGUUGCCCCUGGUCUAACGCUCGCUGUUACCGCUGUGGACCACGUGGUCACCUUGCAAGGAAAUGUCGAAGUCGCGGGGCUCGAGAACAAGGCACUGCAAGGACAGCCCAAACUAACACCCUCUUGGGGACGGAAGCCUCAGCCGACGAGGAAUCCGAAACUGCCCACAUUUGGACUUUGGUAUCCCAACGAAAAAGCUGUCUGGAACCGCCGAUCCGCCGAACGUUUGCUUGGUGCGGUGUGCAGCUCAGCAUGGAAGUUGAUACCGGGUCGCCCGUUUGUGUCAUCCCGCGUGAACUAUAUUAUAAGCACCGUGAGCAAUGGCCGAAACUGAAACCGUCCAGUCUCAAUUUAUCUUGCUACACAGGACGCCUUCCAGUACUUGGGGAGCUUGCGCUCCAGGUUUGUCAUAAAGGGGUGACAGUGGAGUGUGCGCUGACAGUCUUGGACUGUGCGGGACCAAGCCUCUGCGGUCGCGAUUUAAUCCAGCGGCUGAACAGCGCAGGUGCUCCAGUGGUUAGUUUUGUAGAGACCUCGGUGGUAACAAAUGACUCGAGCGAAUCCAGCGUGAACAGCAUAUUCAAUGACUACAACGACGUGUUCUCCGAGGAACUGGGGCUAAUCAAGGGUCCUCCAGCCAGCCUGCACAUGAAGGAAGGCGCCGUACCCAAGUUCUGCAAGGCCAGACCCAUUCCAUACGCGCUACGCGAGCGAGUGUCACUCGAGCUAGACCGUUUAGUUUCUGUGGGCGUGCUGUCGCCGGUGGCACACUCUGAAUGGGCAACGCCCAUAGUCGUAGUGCUUAAGAAAGGCGGCGCAGUAAGAAUCUGCGGGGAUUUCAAGGCCACAGUAAAUCCAGCGUGUGCAACUGAGCAAUACCCAUUGCCAAUCAUUGAGGAUAUGUUUGCCCGAUUACACGAUGGGGACUAUUUCAGCACUCUGGAUUUACGGGAUGCAUACAAUCAAGUGGCGCUAGACGAUAACGCGAAGAAAGUUUGCGUCAUUAAUACGCCAAAAGGGCUAUUUUGCUACAAUCGACUUCCUUUCGGUAUAGCCUCAGCGCCCGCAAUAUUCCAAAGGAAAAUGGAUGAGGUAUUGGCUGGCCUUCCAGGAGCACAGGCUUAUCUUGACGAUGUGCUCAUUUCCGAAAAAGCGAGUGACGGCGGCGAAAGGCUGAAAAACGUCUUACAGCGCUUCCGAGAGCGCGGUGUAAAGCUAAGGUUCGAUAAAUGCAACUUGCGCAGCCCAGCAGUAACUUAUCUAGGCCAUCGGAUCGAUCGUGAUGGGCUUCAUCCGACAGAAAAAAACCUUGACGCUAUCAUGAAGGCACCGAGCCCCUGUAAUGUCAGUGAGCUACGUUCAUUCUUGGGCAUGAUUACUUUUUACGCGCGGUUUCUGCCGAACAUGUCAACCACACUUGGCCCAUUGUAUCAACUGCUUGAAAAGAACGCACGCUGGCAAUGGAAACAGCCGCAAGAGCACGCGUUUGAUCUUGCCAAGCAAAGCCUUAAAACAGCCAAGGUUCUAGUUCAUUUCGACCCUUCGAAGGAACUUAAACUGGAGUGUGACGCGUCUCCGUACGGUGUGGGAGCUGUCUUGUUUCACACGACCGGUAACGUUCACAGGCCCAUUGGGUUCCGCUCGCGAACAUUAACGCAGGCGGAGCGCAACUAUUCGCAGCUCGAGCGAGAGGCACUGGCACUGGUAUUCGGCGUCACGAAAUUUCGUGACUACCUUCUAGGUCGGGAAUUUACCUUAGUGACUGACCACCAGCCAUUGUUGGGCCUGCUGAAAUCGGACAAGCAGACGCCUACAAUGGCCGCCGCACGGAUACAACGUUGGGCACUCCACCUGGGGGCCUACCGCUACCGGCUACAGUAUGCACCAGGACGACAGAUGCUGAACGCUGACGCCCUCAGCCGACUUCCGCAAAGAUCUCCGGAAUCUGACGAUGACGGUGAGCCGCCCGAAUAUGUGCUGUCGCUAAACCAGCUGAACAAUGGCACCAUAACAACGCGUGAGCUGAAAGCAUUAACGGCUUUUGACCCUGUCCUGGUCGAGGUCAAACGGUACAUACUACAUGGGUGGCCCAGAAACGCAAACGGAAUGGCCCGGGCCGUACUGCCGUUUUUUGACCGCAAGCUCGAAUUAUCCGUAGCACAUGAACUGGUGUACUGGGGUAAUAGGGUUAUAAUACCGACCGAAGCUAGGGAGCGAGUGCUGAAUCUUCUACAUGAAACGCACCAGGGUUCACCGGCAAUGAAAUCUGUCGCUCGUUCUUUGUUCUGGUGGCCAGGCCUCGACAAAAAUAUUGAAGACGUGUCUGCACAAUGCCAGUUCUGUGUGCAAAAUCUGCCGAUGCCAACUGCAGCUCCCGUCGUUAACUGGCCUGAAACAGGCGAAAGGUGGUCCCGUAUUCACAUUGACUACGCGGGUCCGAUCUGCGGAAAAAUGAUACUCGUACUAGUCGAUGCACACACCAAAUGGCUCGAAGCAAUACCUUUGUCACAUGCCUCAACGCAGACUACCAUUGACUGUCUGCGUGGCAUUUUCAGCAGGUUUGGAAUACCGCGCACGAUCGUUUCUGACAACGGGACCCCAUUUGCCAGUCAAGACUUCGCGUUGUUCGUGGCAAACAACAACAUUGUGCACCUUCGAUGCGCUCCAUACCAGUCUAAUGGUGCGGCGGAACGGGCAGUACGAACGAUAAAAGAUGGUCUUCGAAAAAUGACGAAAGGAAAACUUGAAGAGAACCUAGUACGGUUGCUUUUUAACUACCGGAGGACUCCGCAAAAAUCGGCACUUGCAGGACCAAAAGAGGACCAAGAUGACUGGCUGCCGCUACCUGCAAGGAAAGUGUAUGCCCGCAAUUACGGUGUGGGGAGCAAGUGGACGCCCGGUCAUGUGAAGGCGACAGCGAGAAUGGUGACCGUGGAAACAUCGGACGGAGUCAUCCAGCGGCACGUGGACCAGGUCCGCCCGCGACAGGAAGUACCAGGGGACAAACCGACAGUAACUACAACCACCACACAUCGCAGUGAGCCGGACCAAGCAACACAACUACAGCAUCCAGAAACGGUGAAUCUGGAUGAAGGCAUAACUGCUCGGCGCAUUCUAAAUGGCACCCGUUCUCCAGACUUUGCGGCACCAGAUAUUCCAGUGGCCCCGUUGCAUACAGGUGUCGCCCAACAAACGUUGAGACGCUCAACGAGAGAACGCAAGCCAGUGCAACGCUUUCAUUUCUGAGGAGGAAGGAAUGUUGCAACUUAACGCAUUUUCGAAGUGCGCGCACCUUUAUCGCCUUAUCUGGCGAUCCUUCGAGUUCGGAUUAUCACUACUAACACGUGCUCCUCUCUAUCUUCCUGCCACUCGGCUACUUAUAAAUACGCUCUACACCUUUGAAUAAACGUUCAUUUUGUUCUACUGA